ACGUUGUUUGAAGUGGACUGUGUAAUCAAAAGCAUAAUGGCACAAAGUAUCAUUGAUCAAUUGCAAGAGAAAAACAACCAACUAGAAGAAGAAAUAAAAACUUGCAGAGAUUUGUUUAAUAAUCUAAAUGAAGAGAAGGAUCUAGAAAGCCGUGAUAAUCGUAGAGCUUUCAUGCUCAAGGCCCAAAUCUACCAGCUUGAAAGACAAUGCAUGCUUUUUUCACAAGCACAAUCAAGUCGCGCACAGGUAUUAACGGAAAUAGAAAGUCAGUUGAAAAAGAUUACAGACAUUUUACAACAUGCAAUAUCUGGGAAAACUUCUGGACCAACUGUACCUAUGGAUCGUCGGGAACUUAUGGAUUUAGUGGGAACAUUACAGAAGCUGAAAAAUUCCUUGUAUAAACAAUCUUCUUUAGAAAGUGCUGAUAGUCUUCGGAUACAAUCUAUGAUGUCGGGUAGUAAAUACGCAAAUUCACAAAAGCCUGUUGACUGCUAUGAUGUAUGUACAGGACACAUAGGACAUAUUAAUUUGAAACAAGUUGCCCAUCUUGAACAAGAUCUAUCAGCACUGUAUGGCCGGCUCUGUGGCUUGAAAUAUUUUUUGCAUUCAUCAAUCGUUGAUGGAAAAGCUGACAAACGAGAAGUUUUAACAAAUGCUCCUAGUGCAAAAUUAACUAAGCCCGUUGUAUCCAAAAUACAUGAAGAAACUAAUCAGUGUAUUGAAGAUUUAGCACAUUGCUGCAGUGAGCUGGUAUCUCUAUCACUGUUGUAUCCUAAUGCACCUUGGCAUGUAAUAAAAAGAUCCAAACAGACUGAAAUGACACCUGAAAAAAUUAUGCAAACAUUUCCACCAGUUGCACAAAAAAAUCGUCAGAUUCAGUCUUCUGUUAGUUCUGUCUGCAAAAUGCAUAAUUACUUGAAUCAUAUGAAUGAUUUGAAACUAAAUGCAGCAGAACUACAAAUUUCUUUUCACAAAGCGAUUUACAAAAUACAGCUGGAUUAUUUAAAUGAUCUGAGUGAAUGCAUUAUUGAAGCAUUUCAUAACUCUGAAAGAAACAUGUUAAAAACUGUGUGUGAUCCAGUUGCUGCUAUCUUGAAUUCAUGGUAUUUAUUGAAGCAAGAUCAAAGUGGCGAUCAUCUUAAGAAAUUUUUAAGUGAUAUGAAGCAAUAUGAAGGCCAGCUUAAGGCUGUUUCUGAGCUCAAAGUUACUGAAAAAAAAUUAACCACUGGAGGAAGUGCUCUUCUGAACAAUUUCAAAGAAGCCUUAAAUUCAGCUCUCAAAAAAGUUGAAACUGAAUAUAAACAUAAAUUUGCAGAUGCAGAAAGACAUAUUGAACAUUAUAAAUAAAUCAUUUCCACUCUUUCGACAUUACUUAUUAUACAGUUGGACAGUAUACUGGUAUCACUAUAAAGAAGAUAGUCAGAUUAUGAGUUAAUUUAGGCUAUAAUAUCUAUAUAUUGAUAAUAAUCUGAUAAUUUAAUUUUAAUAAAAUAAGCUCUAGCACGUUGAGGUGGAUAAUCAUGAAUUAUAUAAGUAUGUGGAUGAAGAUCUCAUAACAUGUCCACCAGACCACCACGAUAUAUUUUCUGCAAUUAGGAAAUUUUGAAUAAUUGGUGAUUAAAAUCACAAUGACAUUAUUAGAUUUUUUCAUAUUUCUACUCUCUACCUUAACCGCCUAGCAUAACAUGUAUUUUACUGUUCUGCUGUUAUAACUUCUUUAUUUGAACAUUUAG